CGACCUCGACCUCCCCCCACAUCACUUCUCCUCUCCCCCCUCUCACAAGGUCACACCCCUCCUCCCCCGCCCCCCUCGUCGGCUCGAUCUCCGUCGCGGCCGCGGCAUCAUCGCCCCCGUUCUCCCCCCCUCCCGAUCCCCGAUGCGAUGCCCGCGCGGCGCGAUCGCGUGAGCACGGCGCAAUGAAUCCCAGAGAUUCCGACGACGACCACCCCGGGGCGGCGGCGGAUUCCGCGGCUCCGCAGCCGCCGCCGCCGCAGCAGCAACCGCUGGAGUGGAGGUUCGCGCAGGUCUUCGGCGAGCGUGCGGCUGGAGAGGACGUGCAGGAAGUUGACAUCAUCUCUGCGAUCGAGUUUGAUAGAUCUGGUGAUCAUCUUGCCACUGGAGAUAGAGGAGGUCGUGUUGUUUUAUUUGAGCGGACAGAUGCUCGGGACCAGCAUGCUAAUCGGAGAGAACUGGAGAGACAAGAUGUUCCAAUUACUAGGCAUCCCGAGUUCCGCUAUAAAACGGAAUUUCAGAGUCAUGAACCUGAGUUCGACUACCUCAAAAGUUUGGAAAUAGAGGAGAAGAUCAACAAGAUCAAGUGGUGCCAGACAGCCAAUAAUGCACUCUUCCUACUGUCCACAAAUGAUAAGACCAUCAAAUACUGGAAGGUGCAAGAGAAAAAAAUAAAACAAGUUUCAGUUAUGAAUCUUGACACCUCCCAAACUGUUGGGAAGGUUAUGUCUACUCGUGCAAGUGCCAGUACUUCUAAGGCUCCUAUUCCAAAUGGUGGAUGUUCAGAAAAGUCUGAAGGUCUCAACAGUGAGCUCUUAUUUCCGCCUGGAGGUUACCCAUCACUGCGUUUGCCUGUGGUUGCUAGUCAAGAGGUGAACCUUGUUGCUAGAUGUCGACGUGUAUAUGCUCAUGCUCACGAUUACCAUAUUAAUUCCAUUUCAAAUAAUAGUGAUGGUGAAACAUUCAUAUCAGCAGAUGAUCUGCGAAUAAAUCUAUGGAAUUUGGAAAUAAACAGCCAGAGUUUUAACAUUGUCGAUGUGAAACCUGCAAACAUGGAAGAUCUAACAGAGGUGAUUACAUGUGCGGAGUUCCACCCAACUCAUUGUAAUACACUGGCGUAUAGUAGCUCAAAGGGUUCUAUCCGACUAGUCGAUCUGCGACAAUCUGCAUUGUGUGACAACCAUUCCAAGAUAUUUGAGGAACAUGAAGCACCUGGGGCAAGAUCGUUCUUUACAGAGAUAAUUGCAUCAAUUUCAGAUGUAAAGUUUUCAAGAGAUGGAAGAUAUAUUCUUAGUCGUGAUUAUAUGACUCUCAAACUGUGGGAUCUAAACAUGGAUUCAGGUCCUGUUUCAACCUUCCAGGUCCAUGAACAUCUAAGACCUAGGCUUUGUGAUCUCUAUGAGAAUGACUCGAUAUUUGACAAGUUUGAGUGUUGCGUUAGUGGAGAUGGACUUCAUGUUGCAACUGGCUCUUAUGGUAAUCUGUUUCGUGUUUUUGGUUCUACUCCUGGAAACACGGAGGUGACCACCUUGGAAGCCAGCAGGAACCCGAUGAGACGCCAGAUUGCAAACCCGACCAGACCCACGCGGACGCUGACCUCUAUGACCCGUGGUGUGCGAAGAGGUGGAGAAAAUCUAGGUGUUGAUGCCAAUGGAAAUUCAUUAGACUUCUCAACGAAGUUGCUCCAUCUUGCAUGGCACCCCACUGAGAAUUCCAUUGCAUGUGCCGCUGCAAAUAGCUUGUAUAUGUAUUAUGCGUAGAAAAUUCCCUAGAGGAAAUUUAUUGUUCUUGGUAUGCCACAUUGUCCUUGAAGGCUAGGGCCUUUCACAUGCAACCAGAGGGAUGGUGCAGGGCAACGUCAAUUCCUUUUGGGGCCAAAACAGGUCGGAAAUGUCCAAGACGAAGACUGCUCUCAUUACUGUGCUAGCGGACCACGGCCGUGUUGAUUCUUUAGUAAAUGUGUAAAUUAUAUUCUGAUCAUCAAAGUUUUGGUCCCAAGAUGCGAUCACUUCGCUCUCAUCGCAGUUACCGUUUAUCCCAAUCAGCGGUCCAAGGGGCAGAUCAGAAGAUAGAAAGGUUACUUUGUGCUAAUUCUGGUGGCAAGGACAUGACCAAAUCUGCAUUGCAAGAUCUGUAUGAUUGAUUUAUCUUUCACAUGUAAUGCUACAUAGACAGGGCUAACCAGUUGUUUUGAAACUUAAAUUGUCUGAACGAUAGGUAUUACUCAGUUAUUGUAGUUAUUCUUCUCCAUCACAGUUUUAUUCAUUGGACUGUUGAAAUAAGUCAGCACUCGUAUAAGUGCUCUUGUUGUUUCUGAUUCUUAAUAUGAAUUUGUUCAUGGUA